AAAGACUUUAUCCACGAGCCCUCUCCCCACUCACCCAACAUCUAAUUUUUUAAGGAUUAAGAUAAUCACAAUAUUGCACAGGGGGCACACUAAAAGAAUCUUCAGUGUUCCUCUGGGAUUCUAUUAUUCUUGGGGCACUGUGUUUGCAUUUACCAACAGUUACCUGGCAACAGUAACACAAGGCCUUAGCCACACUCUGGGAGAACCCCAGAUCUCCAGUCAGACACUGGGGAGGAGAGUCAAGACCUGGCCUGUCCCAAGGGAACGGCUGCCUUUCUGCCGCAGAGCAAAGGCGCAGAGUGCAGAGAGCACUCACAUUGUAUGUCCUGUGAAGACAGGGCUGCCCCUCAGACAUGUAAGCAGUUUCUGUCACCACCAAGAGGCACUAAAGCCACCAGAACCCGCUGGAAGAGGAACCCUUCAAGCCUCUAUGAUCCUUUCUGAACAAGAAGGUUGGAGGUCCCUAAGGACUGUCCACUGUCAUCCAAGCCUGGGCAUUCCAGCCAUUAGGAGUCUCACUCAGGUCAAGCUAGAGAAGCAGGCAGCCAAGAAGAUACUGGUAAUAUAUGGGGUGUGAAGCCAGGAAAUCUUCUAAAGGCUCCAAUGAGAGUCAGGAAGCCCGCUGUGCAGAGAAUGGCACCACCCACAGUGGGCAAGAUUCCCAGUAUCUACUAACACGAUGAAGACCGUCUCUGGAGCUUGUCUCCCAUCCCCCUGUGAUUUUAGAUCUCAUCAAGUUGUUUAUUGAGGUGACGUGUCCUAGGUAAUCUUUGUCUUUUUUUUUCUUAAUUUAUAACCCAUUUUUUAAAUUCAUUUAUCAGGUGGUGGGCAUUUGUGCUAUUUGUUGGGGGCAGUAAAGUCUGGGGGGGGGAAGGAGGUUUAUAUUCUUUCUGAAGUGGAAUUAACGCCUCCUAAUGGAAGUGAAAAUGUUUAAAACCAUCGGAGUAUGAUGAUGCACAUCUGUGGUCCCAGCACUUUGAAGGUGGAGGUUAUAGGUCAACCUCAACUACAUGACAAUUUCAAGGCCAGCCUGGCCACAUGAGACCCUGUCUCAACUCCCACCCUAGCCCCAAAACAAAGGGAAGAAAGGAAGCACCAACCAACUCUGUAAGUGGCAGUACCUCCGGUCUUUCCCUCAGAAGGAAGCUCUUCCCAGACACUCGCCAUCCUUGCUAAAAUUGGUGUUGUUACUCUUUUUUAUUGGGGCUUCAUUAGUCACUUUCCCGUAGCUGUGACUGAAAGACCUGAGGGAUGGACGGGCCAGCAAAGUGCCUCAGCAGGAAAAGGUGUUUGCUACAAAGCCUGAACAAUCUGAGUUUCAUCCCUGGGACCCACGUGGGAAGAGAGCACCAACUCUCACUCUGACCUACAGUCGUGGGUGUGACUCAGGCCACACUCACGCCCAGAGAUGUUCAUAGACAUAAAUUAAUCAAACACAGCACCCAGCCAUCACCACAGGCUCAUAUACAUAAUUUAAAAUAAAAAAGUACUUUUAAGCAAAUCUUUAAAAACCAAUUGGGAUGUUAGGUGAAUAAUUAAAUUAAUUAAUGGGGAAAAAAUCACAUGAGAGACCAGGUGGUGGUGGUGGACUUGGGAGGCAGAUGCAGGUGGAUCUCUGAGUGUAACAGACAGACAGACAAAUAAACAAGCUUUUGAGAGAAUUUCCUCAGGGACAGCUUUGUCUGGCUCUCAGUUUGGGAGCUCACAGUUCUUGGUUGCUUAGUCCCACAGGCUUGAGCCGAGCAUCAUGGCAGUGACUGUGACAGUUCGCCUUAACUGUCAACUUGACCCAUCUAGAAUCACCUGAGAGACAUGCCUCUCCAAACAUUAAUUGAGGUUAGACGUCAAAAAGCCUUUUCUCCCCUAAGUCACUCUGGUCGCUGUCAGACAGCACGAGAGACAGAAGUGAAAGGAAGACCGUGACCAGCGUCAUCCAACAAGUUCCCAUCUGCUAAGUGCUCUGCACAAGAGCCCCAGGGUCCUUUCAGAUGGAGAUGACAGCCUGGACCACUAAUGAGGACAGGGGAGCCACUUUCUGGUGCAGUGCGUGUGUUGUCCAUCAGGAUGGCUUCUUUCACAAGCCUCUGCACAGAUGUCUGAUUUUUUGUGUCUGUUUUAAUAGGAAACCCCUGUCUUGGAGAAGAAGAUGAAGAGAAGUCUAAGGGCAGUGUGCAAUGUGAACAAAUGAGGGGCCCCGGGCCAUCAAGAUGGCUCAGCUGGUAAAAGCAUUUGCCACCAAGCCUGAUAGGUCCCCUGGACCUACAUAUUAGAAGAAGCAUCAGCUCCCAGAGCUUUUCCUCUGACUUUCGAACACGCACCCUGGGACACUCGUGAGCAAGCACACACAGGCACACACGUGACAGAUAAAUAAGUAAUUUAAAAAUACUAAAAAAGGGAAACAAAAGAAGAUCUCUCCCUUCCGGGUUCUGCUUGCCCUGCCCAUUGCUCUCACGGGGGUAUCAGAGAGAGGUGGGCUGCUGUGGUGAUUGGUCUGCCUUCCUCUGAGAGUCUCGCCUUUAAAAAUUCAAAAUAGAAAUUACCACCCUUGAACAUAAUGCCACAAAACAUGCACACGUGUCUUUAAGGCAUGCACCUGUAAUCCCAGAGCUGGAAGGCAGAGACUCACAGACCCUUAGAGCUUGCCGGUUAACCAAUCUAGCCAAAUCAGAGCGUUCUGGAGUCAGUGAGAGAUUCUUUCUCGAAAAGUAAUGUGAACAGUGAGUGAGAAACACACCCAAGGUCAACCUGCCCUGCACACAUGCACACAAUGUGCACACACAUAAAAAUGCACACUUUUAGUGUUGUUGUAAAAAUAUAAAAAUAAAAUAGUAUAUUGUUGGUAUUUUUUCCCCGCUAGGUCCACACCACGGUGCCCCAAGAUAUCUGCUAGAUAUCUUGGCAGAAACAAUCCCAGCCGCACACUUUCCUACACUCAAACCUUCACAUAAAAGAACACACAAUUCAAUAAUCUUUGACCCAAUUGAUAAGAUAUAAUUGCCCACUUAAUCAUACAAAGUCCAGUACCAUCCAUCCCUAGGAACAUUAAUAACAACCUAUAAAUACACAGAACAGAAUCUUAACAUCACCUGCCAUGGCUUCUCUCCUCUCUCUUCCUCCUGUCUCUCCUUUCUCUGUUCUAGUCUCCUCCUCUUCCUUCAAACUUCUCUCCCGCCCUCACCUGUACUUUACAAAUUCAAUGGGGAGGUUCUGGUGAAGUCACCUGAUUCCUGAGUAUGUGACUGGGCCGCUGUCCUUGGGGCAGUGGAAUUAGCAUCAAAAUACAGAUAACUUCAGGGCAAACCACAACAUUUUAGCUUGGGUUUUAUUGCUGUGAAGAGAUACUAUGACCAAGGCAACCCUUAUAAAGGACAACAUUUAAUUGGGGCUGGCUUACAGAUUCUGAGGUUCAGUUCAUUACCAUCAUGGCAGAAAGCAUGGGAAUGUUCAGGCAGGCAUGGUGCAGAAGGAGCUGAGAGUUCUACAUUUUGAUCUGAAGGCUACCAGAAGAUUGUCUCCCAGGCAGUUAGGAGAAGGGUCUCAAAGCCCACUCCCACAGUGACACACUUCCUUCAACAAGGUCACACCUACUCCAACAAGGCCCUAGUAGUGCCACCCCCUGUGCCAAGCAUAUUCAACCACCAUAUACACAUAACAGUUGGGCAGUGGUGCCACACCCCUUUAACCCCAGCUCUCAGAAGGCAGAGGCAGGUAGAUCUUUGUGAGUUUGAGGCUAACCUGAUCUAAACAGCGAGUUUCAGGACAGUCAGAAAUACAUAGAGAGACUCUGUCUCAUAAAUAAAUAGAUAGACAAACAAAUAAACAAAUAAAUAAGCAAGCAAGCAUAUAACAAAAAGAAACGGUUAGAAAAGUAGAAAGACAUUUUGGCAGUGAGCAAAAGGGAAUUGAAAUAGAGUUUUCUGGAAAGUCAAGGGCCGGAACUGUAAUUCAGUAGGCAGAGUGCUUGCCUACCAUGCAAGAAGCCUCGGGCUCAACUUCUAACACGACAUCUGUCAAAUCUGAUCAUAAACACGAGCAUAAUUACCAUGCGCUAAUUAAUUGUGUCGCUGGAGUCCAUGGUUAUAAACCCCUGCAAUCCUAGCAUUUGGAAGGAAAGAGGCAAGAGGAUCAACCUGGGCUACAUAACAAGUUCAAGGUCAGCCUGAGACAGACGGGACCCUACGUCAUCAAAAAUAAACAAGCUGAUAGAGAAAUACAUGCAUAAGUGAACACAGAUUCAACAGGAAGUGAUGCUUCAUUCCUGCAGGCUGCAACAGGAGGAUUACCACAAGUUCAAGGUCAGACUAGGCUAAGGAGUGUGACACUGUCUCAAGAAUAAAUCAAUAAAUACAAACACAAAUAAGAUCCAUUAGCCACAUAGUCACUGGUGAGUGUGUGUGUGUUUGUAUGUGUGUGUGCACGUUUGUAUGUGUGUGUGUACCUGUGUUUGCAUGUGUGUAUGUGUGUGCAUGUUUGUAUGUGUGUGCAUGUGUGCAUGUGUGCCUGUGUGUAUGUGUGUAUGUGUGUAUAUGUGUGCAUGUUUGUAUGUGUGUGUGCACAUGUGUGCAUGUGUGUGUGCCUGUGUGUAUGUGUGUGUGCACAUUUACCUGUCUGUGCAUGUGUAUAUGUGUGUGUGCAUGUUUGUAUGUGUGUGCAUGUGUGCAUGCAUGUGUGCCUGUGUAUGUGUAUGUGCAUGCAUGUUUGUAUGUGUGUGUGCACAUGUGUGCAUGUGUGUGCCUGUGUGUAUGUGUGUGCAUGUGUGUCUGCACGUUUGUAUGUGUGUGUGUACCUGUGUGUGCAUGUGUGUAUGUGUGUGUGCAUGUGUGCAUGCAUGUGUGCCUGUGUGUAUGUGUGUGUAUAUGUGUGCAUGUUUGUAUGUGUGUGUGCACAUGUGUGCAUGUGUGUGUGUAUGUGUGUGUGCACAUUUACCUGUCUGUGCGUGUGUAUAUGUGGGUGUGCAUGUUUGUAUGUGUGUGUUUGUAUGUGUGUGUGCACAUGUGUGCAUGUGUGUGUGUAUGUGUGUGUGCACAUUUACCUGUCUGUGCGUGUGUAUAUGUGGGUGUGCAUGUUUGUAUGUGUGUGUGUGCAUGUGUGCAUGCAUGUGUGCCUGUGUGUAUGUGUGUGUAUGUGCAUGCAUGUUUGUAUGUGUGUGUGCACAUGUGUGCUUGUGUGUGUGCACAUUUACCUGUCUGUGCAUGUGUAUAUGUGUGUGUGCAUGUUUGUAUGUGUGUGUGCAUGUGUGCAUGCAUGUGUGCCUGUGUGUGUGUUCAUGCAUGUUUGUAUGUGUGUGUGCACAUGUGUGCAUGUGUGUGCCUGUGUGUAUGUGUGUGUAUGUGUGUGUGCACAUUUACCUGUCUGUGCAUGUGUAUAUGUGUGUGUGCAUGUUUGUAUGUGUGUGUGCAUGUGUGCAUGUGUAUGUGCCUGUGUAUAUGUAUGUAUAUGUGUGUAUGUGUGUGUACAUGUGGAUGUGUGUGUCUGUGUGUAUGUGUGUGUUUGUGUGUGUAUGUGGGUGUGUUCAUGUGGGUGUGCAGGCAGGCAUGUAGUAGCCAGAGGACGUUGUUGGGAACUAACUGUCUUACUCUUUGGAACUGUUUCUUGUUGGCUCGGAACCUGCCAGUUAAAGGCUGGCCAGGUUCCUCCUGCCUCUGCCUUUGCAGAGCUGGGAGUUUUAGCCCAAGCCACCACAUCUGGGUUUCAUUUGUUCGUUUUGUUGUUUUUUGAAACCUGCCUUCUGGGGCUGGAUCUCAGGUCCUUGUGCAUGCAAGGCAAGGGCUUCAUCGCCUGAGCCGUCAACCUAACAGCCAUUUUGUUUUCAGUCAGAUUCUUCCUUAAUAGACCAGGCCAACCUUGUAUACAAGACAAUCCUCCUGCCUCAGCCUCCUGACUGCUGGGAUCACAGUACAAGCUAUAGCGCUGGUGAAACUUGACACACCUGUGUCCCUUGUGGCUGGGAUGGGGACCAGAAGGCCGGACUCACCAAGCACGUUUCCCAUCCUUAAUGAGGAAGCAGGCUCUGCAUCAUAAGCUGGCACUGUUCAUGCCACCUGCUUCCUCCAAAGCCUGCAAAGGGGCAUUCCUACAUCCUUGUGCUCAGAAUGUGUGGCUGUGGCUGCCACCUGGCUUCCUGGUCAGCCGUCAAAUGCCAAUCAAUAGUAAAGAUGUUAGAUCACCCACAGCAAGACAGGCAGACUGUGCAGGAGCAGACAGUGAGCAGGAGCACAGACAGAUCGUGAGCAGGAGCACAGACAGACUGUGAGCAGGAGCACAGACAGACUGUGAGCAGGAGCACAGACAGACUGUGAGCAGGAGCACAGACAGACAGUGAGCAGGAGCACAGACAGACUGUGAGGAGGAGCACAGACUAUAAGGAGGAGCACAGACUGUGAGGAGGAGCACAGACAGACAGUGAGCAGGAGCACAGACAGACUGUGAGGAGGAGCACAGACUAUGAGGAGGAGCACAGACUGUGAGGAGGAGCACAGACAGAUAGUGAGGAGGAGCACAGACAGUGAGCAGGAGCACAGACAGACUGUGAGCAGGAGCACAGACAGACAGUGAGCAGGAGCACAGACAGACUGUGAGCAGGAGCACAGACAGACUGUGAGCAGGAGCACAGACAGACUGUGAGCAGGAGCACAGGCAGACUGUGAGCAGGAGCACAGACAGACUGUGAGCAGGAGCACAGACAGACUGUGAGCAGGAGCACAGACAGACUGUGAGGAGGAGCACAGACUGUGAGGAGGAGCACAGACAGACUGUGAGCAGGAGCACAGACAGACUGUGAGGAGGAGCACAGACAGACUGUGAGGAGGAGCACAGACUGUGAGGAGGAGCACAGACAGACUGUGAGCAGGAGCACAGACAGACUGUGAGGAGGAGCACAGACAGACAGUGAGCAGGAGCACAGACAGACUGUGAGCAGGAGCACAGACAGACUGUGAGGAGGAGCACAGACAGACUGUGAGGAGGAGCACAGACAGACUGUGAGCAGGAGCACAGACAGACAAACAGACUGUGUGCAGGAGCAGACUCACCUGCUGUGCACUGUUCUAAUGCCAAGUUUCAAGCUAUGCCACAAACAACAGCACAAGCCACUUGACAGACAUUCAUAGCUUCCUGGGAGAGCAUCCUAGACUGUAUCUCAUGACCUACCUGUCCUAUGCUUGAGCACAAGCCCUGAAAAGAAGCCUUAUUCCAAUGCUGCCAUUGGCCUUUUUGUGAUGUUUAUCUGUAUUCCAGUGAAGGAACCCCUGCUGAGCCAGUCACACUGACAGAGAAGGAGGAGGUCUGGACAAUGGGUAGGAAAUCCGUGGUGGCAGAAUUGCCUUCCUGGCGCUGCACAGGGAGGUUGAAUCCUGCUGAAGAGAGCGGGGAUGUGCACGAGGUGGGAUGCAAUGAUCAGAUUCGGGGGUUGUGGUUGUUGAAUGAGGGGAUCAGUGGGUGGGUGGGUAAGUGGAGGUGUAUGUGGAUAGAUGGAUGAAUAGGUAAGUGGAUGGACAAACCACGAGAUGGGAAGGUGGAUAACUGGGUAGAUUGAUUAAGAGUGGGAGCAUAGACAUAUGGAUUGACAGGCGAGUAGGUGAUAUUAGGAAGAGAGCGUGGAUGAGUGGAUGAGUGAAUGAAUCUAUUGAUGGGUGUACAAAUAGUUAGGGGGGUGGGCAUACCAGUGAGCACAGAGAUGUCUGAAUGAAGGGGGCGGGGAGACCAGCAUUCAACUUGUGGUAAUUCUUACACAGCUGUUACUCAUUUAACCGUCUUGAACACCUUGUGGGGGAGGUUGAUUGAUUCUGAUUCUUUUACUGCUGAGGAAGUAAAGACAGCAGAAGUGAUUUUUGUGGCGAGGUACGAGGUACGGUACUGAAACCCAAAUCCCGCCCCUCCUAGCACACCCUGUGCCCAGCCCACCAUCCUGAAGGGAAUGGCCAUUUCUGAAGCUUCCUGCACCAUCGCACCAGUGACCUCAGCAUCCACAUCGUGGAGGGUCUUUGCUUUGCAAGCCUGGAACCAGCCACAUACGGUGCCACAGGCACAGCCCACGUGUCCCUGAGAAUCACGGCUCACCGACUUAUUCCAAGUGCCGGGAGGAUCUACGGUACCCUCAGCCCUGGGCUACCGCUGGGGAAGCCCCGUUGGCUCCUGGCUUAGUUCCUCAUCUCAGCCAACCGUCGCCCAAUUUGACCUUUGGACCGAAAUCAGCUUGUGGGUCUUCUGAACAUUUGAGUAAAUUGUAACUACUUCCUUAUCCUUGUUCCAGCCUGACUCUGCAGGGAGCGUCUGUGGGUUGUCUGUGUUGGCCGUGAGCUGCCUCCUCUUAUGUAACACGGAACUGGGAAGUUCAGCUAAACCUGUCCAAGAAUCAACUUGUCACCAGAUCUGUGUCUGAGGGAGGCCACCCAGAUCACAUGGACAGUGCAGCCAGAGGAGGUGCCUGACAAGCCCCUGUGUAGACAAGGAUGGGUACAGCCACCAGGGUGCCACAACCUCGGCUCCCAUCUACCCCCAUCCCAACCCCAGCACCUCCUUGCCUGCUAUCAUAAACUGGGAGCCAGGUGAGAGGGCAUUGUAAGUAGAAAUGCCCACCUUGGCACUACCAUCCUGGGAGGGAAGCCAGGCUAAGAGAUGACUAAGGGGACCCAUGUUUGCACAAAUUCAAAACCAGGCUGCAAAACUGUGCUGUUUUUCUGGGUUGCUUUCUGCUCCUUCCUGGAGGCUGUUGUUGGGGCAGUGGGGUGGGGUGGAGUAGUCCUUUGAGGAGGGUGGAAUCUACCACUCGGAAACGAAGGUUGGUCUUCGAAGGCUCACCCAGAUGCAUGAAGAGACACACACUUAGCCUGAAUGGUGUGUGUGGGGGUUCGGGGUGGGGGCGUCUCUUAGACCUGGCUGUCAGGUUAACCUGAAGAAGGGAUAGGGGCUGCUAUCUAAGGAGGACUCUCGUUUGGAGACCUCCCAGGGGUUGACUUUUGCAGGACACUUUGCCGAUUGUCAUGGGCUAAGCAGGGAUGCAGAAUUGAAACCAGGUUUAGUGGCACGUCCGUGUGAUCUCAGCACUCUGGAGGUGAAAGUGGCGUGCUCUGGAAUCAGUCAUCAGAAGCUACACAGUAAGCCAGGUCCAGGCCAGGCAACAUCAGAUCCUACUUAGAAAACAAAUCGUGAAACAAAACUGGAUGGCAAAACUGGGGCUUUUUUAUUUGCUCCACUCCACUGUCCUCUGCUGACUUCUGAGAAGUAGUUACCCUGAGGCAUGAGGAGACAGUGUAUUAGCAAAAUACUUGACCUUGGACAUCAAGAGAAAAUGAGAGACAAGGUGGGCUCUGAAAGGCAAAUUAUUUCACCAGACUUCAGUUCUGGAUUCUGAAAGAACAAAUGGGGUAGAGCAGAAUGCAGGAGGGGGGGAGGCACAGAGAAGAAUUAUGUAAGGAGCGGGGACCAUGGGAACAGAGCAAAGGAUUCCGCAGCACCCAGAAUGAUAGACAUUUCCUCCCAGACAUAACAAAGAGGGUCAAGGGUGCCUCUCCUCUGAAAGGGCAGAGGGUCCAGGACUGACAGGUCUCUUGUCCACAGGUCCUCUCUCUCUGCCCUGGGCAGUCAGCAAUAGAUUUGGGUGUGAUGUGUGUGCGUGCAUGUGUGUGUGUGUAUGUAUGUGUGUAUGUAUGUAUGUAUGUAUGUAUGUAUGUAUGUAUGUAUUGCAGUAAAUAUUUUAAAAAAAAUACCUAAAGCUUUAACCCCACACUAGCAAUGACACUGUUGGGACUCAUGGCACUGGCGGGUGUCUUUGUCUCAGUGGCUCCAUGCUGACCCCAAGUACUCAUGGAUCCAGGCGGUCUUGCCACACUGGUCUCUAGUGUUAGUUCUAGCACUGGAGGGCCAUAUGGAACUAACCAUAAUUUAUUUCGGGUUAGUAUCUCCCCUGGCAGCUCUCUGCUAGCCACAAACUCUCUGGUUCCAGCUACCUGGUAAAAUCAGGACUCUAGAAGUCCAGCAUGGGCCGGCCUGUCAUGGCUCCCAGCCUCAGACUCUGCCCACACUCCCUACAACCGCCCCCUGGUAGUUAAGGUAAAAAUUCCCAACCACCCAGUGAAAUCAGGACUCGAUAAGCUGUAAUUUAUCAAUCAGAUUUAUAUGAUAAAUUCUCAAUCCACAAUACAUCCACACAAUAAACUCACAACCAAUUGAUAAGGAUGUAAACUGCCCACCUAGAUAAGAUAAAUUGACCUAUAGAAAUCCAUCCCUUAAGAAAUACACAUGGGGUGGGGGAUUUAGCUCAGUGGUAGAGCGCUUGUCUAGCAAAUGCAAGGCCCCGGGUUCAGUCCCCAGUUCCAAAAAAAAAAGAAAAGAAAAGAAAAGAAAUACACAUAACUACGUAGGACCAUUUAAGACCACCCUGAUCUGGGUCAUCCUUCUCCAUCUCCGUCUUGAUUUUCUCACUUUCCCUUCUCUCUCCCCUUACUAAAACUUAGUCCCCACCUUACAUUUUUACUGUCUAAUCAUGGCCUUGACCUAACUUGUACCAGCCCUCGCCUGCAUAUGGAUAUCAACCCAUACUUCACCCUUUCUGUCUAAUUAAAAAAAAACAUUUUUCCCAAUUAUUUGUCUAGUAAAACUAUUACCAUUCUGUAAUUUAUAAAGUAUAAAAUGUAUCUAACACCCAGUCCAACAUUUUAUCAGUUAAACAGAACAUUUAGUUAUCCAUUCCAGCUUAAGAAAGUCUUAAAAUCCAUGUUAUGCCUUGGCUAGCUUGUGUACUACUUGAUAACGAUCUAAUUAAAUAUGUAUUCUCAAAGUUAAACAGCCUGGGUAGGCUAUGAGACUAUAAUCAGUCUCCAACCCUAUUAAAAAUCUGAGUGUGACCAAUAUUAUCUGAAAAUAUAGGAAGCCUAACACGGCUUCCGGAACUGAGGCAGGUUGAAGAAAUAGCUGUCUGCCGGCACAGUCCCCUGUUGGAAACAUAGAAGACCCCCAGUCUUCAGCCUUCUGACCAGGAAUCUCACAGACCUUAGUAAACGGGAUUAGCUCAUUCUGUCUCUGCAGAACGAAGCUGUCCUAACCUGUAACCGUGUCCUCUCUAGGACAGUGCAGAUCUGUAGAAGAAAUAGGCAAUUUCUGCCCAGUGGCCACCGAACCACAGUGACCUCACCUGGACCUAGAGAUGCUCAGCUGCUUUCUCGAGUCCACAAACGGGGAGCUGUCGGCAUGAGCUGUGUCUCAGCAAGCUGGUCUCCCCGAUGUGGUACAUCCUUUCACAGUCCUCUGAGUCCAAGAGAGGCACAGCUAACUCCUGGAGGACACUCGCCAGCUCUGCACCAGAGAAAAGCCUGGUCUGAGUACAGCCUGAGGCCCAUCAUGCAGACAACCUGGGUCUCUGUACUGUAUGGUUUUGUGUGUCAACUUGACACAAGCUGGAGUUAUCACAGAGAAAGGAGCCUCCCUUGAGGAAAUGCCUCCAUGAGAUAGCUGUAGGGCAUUUUCUCAACUAGUGAUCAAGUGGGGAGUGCCCAGCACAUUGUGGGUGGUGCCGUCCCUGGGCUGGUGGUCCUGGGUUCUAUAAGAGGGCAAGCUGAGCAAGCCAGGGGAAGCAAGCCAGUAAGUGUCAUCCCUCCAUGGCCUCUGCAUCAGCUCCUGCUUUCUGACCUGCUUGAGUUCCAGUCCUGACUUCCUCUGGUGAUGAACAGCAAUGUGGAAGUGUAAGCUGAAUAAACCCUUUCCUCCCCGA